AUGCUCGAUGAUGACUUGGAAACAGAUGUGAGCGAGCUGAGUUCCAGACCUGCUCUCGACCGCCCUGAAGAGGAACUGAUGCAAUACAAGGCCAUGUGUCUUGAGCUCUCCUGUAGCUUUGAGGAACUGCAGCCCAAACUUGGAGACGAUCUGAACUCGGAAGGGACUCAGUAUGCCAACCACCACCACCACAUUCCAGCUGACGCCUCCCCAAAGCAGCAUUGCUCAAAUAUGGACCAAAGCUCCUGGGAGCAAGAAAGAGAAGACACAGCCCAGACUUCCCUUCUGAGCAUGGUGAAAAGAGGGAGGUCCCCCAUGCAGCGAGCCUCCAAAAAAGGACCUGGAGUGAGCCUGCACCAAAAUGCACAACCCAGUGGCCUUGGAACGGAUUCUUCUGGAAAUGAAAUCCCUGACAUUCAGGCUUUCCUCAAGGAGGACGCUUGGGACAUAGAUAUGGUUUCCUGCCCAAUGAUGAGCACCUCCUUUCCCAGUUUCACUAGGCCUAGAGAAACUAUUGAAGUAAUAGAUAAGCUUCUGCAAACACANGCGAUGGCCGCGAUAAUGAGCGAGGAGGAGGAAGACGAGAGAUCUGUAUUAAGAGUUCACUGUGGCCUAGGGCGGGUCCCACGCAGAGGCCCAUGCUUCUGUCCUCUGCCCCAGCGCUUCUCCAAGUUGAACAAGCAUCAAGGUUACCUGCAGGGCUGCCAGCGCCCCAUCCUCAGAGUUCCUGACCCU